CCAUGAGCUUGCAUAGGCCUAUAUAUAUAUCCAUAGUGACAAUAACAGCGGCGGGCCGCGGCGUCUCCCAUGACAACGGCAGCCAGACAAUGAACGAGCGCUCGGAUGGCAGAAGAGACACGAGCAAAUAUGUCGUUUUGAACCGGGACGUUUUCCAAACGCGUUCUGACCUCCGUUUACGUGAUAAUUGCUGAAUAUCUGGCGGCGCGUCAUGUAGCGGAGGCCGCGCUGGGCGGGGAGGGCAACGAACAGACGCCCGCGGGAGCGUUCGUUCAACGCGUCGGGAAUAUUCACGCAUCUUUAAAGCUGGAUUGUGGAUCUGACGAUGGAUGUAGGUGCGCUUGCAGGUGGGGACGAUGUCCCGAGAAGAGCGGAUUCGGUUGAAGGUGGACUUGAAAUCGUGCCGCUGGAAAUGUACGACUCGGCCAGAGCCAAGAUAGAAGCAAACCUCCGCUGGUUGUUCGCCAAAGCGUACGGGGAAGGUAAGUGCAUCUCUUUUCUGCAAUCCCCCUCUUACAAACAAUUUCUGUCCUCGGAGCUGUACUGCAGGGUGUGCGGGCUGCUGCUGAAGGGCGACCAGGCGUCUGCGCUCACCUCCCAUCAGGCCGUCAUCCAGACGCUCGCACGCCGCGGAAUAUGUGUCAGAGAAGCAGACGACACACCCGUCUCCUACGACGACCUCUCCUCCACCCCCAUUAAGAUGAGUUCUCAUAUCCCGCUGAUAGACGCUCUGAUGAUGGCGUAUACGGUGGAGAUGAUGGCUGUAGAGAGAGUUGUGGUGAGUGUCAAGCGCUUCUCCACCUUCUGCGCCUCUAAAGAGCUUCCCUUCGAUAUGGAGGACGCCAUGCUGUUCUGGAUCAACAAGGUGAUUCUGAAGACGAGGGAACUCUCCGAGAAGGAACUCAAGAUGAAACAGCCGCUGAUGGAUUCGCCGUGCCAUCAGAAGUCUCCCUCAAAAUGGUACUGGAAGCUGGUGCCUGUACGGUACCGUAGAGAACACCUGUCCUGCUGGCCGUUCCCACACCUGGCUGUGAUGGAGGAUCUGAUGAAGGAUGUUUGUGAUGGCGCGGCUCUGCUAGCGGUCGUUCACUUCUACUGCCCUGAAUACAUGAGGCUAGAUGAUAUUUGUCUGAAGGAGGUGCCGUCUCUGUCGGACAGUGUGUAUAACAUCCAUCUGCUCCGGGAGUUUUCUAACGAAUACCUGAACAGGUGUUUUUACCUGCACACUGAAGAUCUGCUCUACAGCCCACCAGUGCUGAAGCAUAACGUGAUGGUUUUCAUUGCUGAGCUCUUUUGGUGGUUUGAAGUAGUGAAGCCGGACUUCGUAAAGCCAAGAGACCUUCAAGAGAUUAAAGAUGUGAGAGCGUCUCUUCAGCCAAAGAGUUCCCGCCCCCAUGUGCCCAUAUCCAAUGCCACCAAGCGAAGCCUCUUAACUCCCUCCCCUUCAGCCGACUCGCUGGCGACAGCUGCCACUCCUGAUGGUUGUAUGCGGUAUUACUUGCACCCUGAGGAGUCCUUGUCUGUCUUCAGAACAAACAGAAGCCCCUCCCACCCGCUCCUCCCACUGCGACAGAGACCGCAGAAGCCCACUCAGAGGGAGGAGAAUUCAGAGCUCAGGAACAGGUCAAACUCUUUGUCCCGUAUGGAUGGACUCAUGCUUGGAUCACAGUUUGCCUGGACAGAACGGAAACAAAGGCCCAUCUCUCAGAUGGAGAUGGAUUGGGAACGUGUAUGUGGCGAUAAUAUCAGCUUGGCUCGAUCCAUAAGCAAGGACAGUUUAGCUUCCAAUGUCGUCGUCAUCACUCCACGACACCGCAUCAACGGCCAGCCCCUCCCCCAGACACGUCACUAUGACAACCAGGAGGAAGAGGAGGAGCUACUGGCUGUGAUUAACCCAGAGGGCGCGUCUGCAUCCAGAGACGCCCGACCCGAGAGUUUCUUCUUGGAACCAUUGCAACCUGCGGUUCUACGACCAAAUAAGGAGAAAACGGAGGUUAGUAAGUGGGAAGAGAGUGGAGAGGGGCGGAGUCAGGGACGCCGGGGGGCGUAUACACCCACAGAAUGCACUCUCAACCGGACGUUUACGCCGAUCGGUAGCAUAGAGCAAGCAAACUCUCGAGCUCAAUCUCCCGGAAGCUUCUUCCUGCACGACGACGCGGUGUGCGUGCGGGACAGUCCGCUCGACGACGCGGAGUGCGUGCGGGACAGUCCGCUCGGAGGCUGGGAGGACAUCGCCUCGGAUUCGGAGUUUGAGGAAGAUGACGAAAUGGAGGUCCAAGAGCAAGAGAUUUCCAAAGCAGUUCUGAUGCACGCUGGGAGGAAAUGCAUGGGACUCGGAGAGGAAGAGGAGUCUGCGAAACUGCGCGAGGACGUUUGCUUGCGCGAACGGUACGAUAAAGAAGCCGCGAGUGGAAGGGCAAGUCCUUGCCCCAGCAUGUUGUCGCAGGCCAGCAGCACGUCGACUGGCACUGGCCGAUUGACGAGUUUCGCAGAACGCCGUAGACAUAGAGUCGGAUUCCCCGAUGGUUGCUGCAGCACCGGGAGCUCGCAGACAACCACUCCUGAUGGAUCCGAAAGCGUGCAAUUCCCUUCGGAUGCGAGUCCGGGAACGCUAGGUGGCCGACCUGGUCUCGCUUCCGAACUCGUACACCUUCGCAUGCAGCUGGAGGAGAAACGGCGCGCUAUUGAGAUGCAGAAAAAGAAGAUGGAGAACCUUUCGGCUCGGCAACGGCUGCAGCUGGGAAAAGCGGCGUUCUUGCAUGUCGUUAAAAGGGGGAGGAGCGACACACUGCCACACCCACUGAAAACGGUAAUUGGGUGUAAAAAGAAAGCGCUUGCGAAGGAUGACUCGUGCGUUGAGAUUCUGAAAGCCCAAGGAAAAGACGCGGAGAGUAAAGAAACGCCGGUAGAGGAGGAUAAGGACAAUCGUUUGAGUGUAACAGGAGGGGGCGGGGCUUCGGAUGAUGUGGGCGGAGAACCAGAUCUCGGCGAAUGUAGCCGUUCCAUUGAGCUCCUGAACGAAGCGAUCGGAGCGAUACAGCAGCAAAUGAUGCAACUGUCUCUCCAGCAGGACUUGCUCAUGAAACAGACCAUCCAGUGCCCGCAGGAAACCAAACCAAGCACUGUGCCGCCCUUAAACGAACACCCGCCGGAGCAACCUGAGACUAAGUCACGCCUUUCCGUACAGUUCACGGAAACCCUUUCCACCGUAACCAAACGUCCUCCCAGGCUCAGCUCAAGUCGUACGCCUCGGACGAAACCUAGCGACCUCAAACUGAGCAAAGAUGCCAACAGUCGUCCAGCUGCGAAAGCAAGCACUCCGACACCGGGAGGCAGGACCCCCCUGGCUGAGAGUGAGGAAGAGGGCGGAGCUAAAGAGGGUGGGCAUGGCUCAAAAGGAAUUAUUCGCAAUACUACAUUCAGACAGCAGGAUGCCGCAAACCGACGCGCCGACAGCCUCGACUCGCCCCAAAACAAACUCCCCCUGCUGGAACCGUCGCCUGUCGAUCCAACCCAGGAGCGGAGCGAGUCCGGCGGCUCUGGAAAGGAGAACGUUCCGAUUCCGUCCGAGGAAAACAGAACGAAAGCACAGCUGAUUGAAGUGGACCUAUCUGACCUGGCUGAACCGACUGAAACUAGCACAGAACCUGAUGAGGAACAGAAAUCCGGACUGGGCUUCUUCUUUAAGGAUGAUCAGAAAGCAGAGGAUGAGCUGGCUAAGAAGAGGGCUGCGUUCCUCCUCAAACAGCAGCGUAAGGCCGAAGAGGCGCGAAUACGUAAGCAGCAGCUGGAGGCGGAGUCAGAGCUCAAGCGAGAUGAAGCCAGACGAAAAGCUGAGGAAGAGCGUGUGCGUAAAGAGGAAGAAAAGGCUCGGAGGGAGCUGAUCAAACAGGAGUACCUGCGCAGGAAGCAGCAAGAACUUCUGGAGGAACAGGGUGUGACCAAACCACGCCCACGUAACAGGAGGCCCCGCCCUAAAUCACUGCAUCGCGCUGAAUCUUCCUGUUCUGCUCCGGUUAGUCUUUGUUCUGCUCCCUCCGGAUCGUCUCUCUCAUUGGCCUCUGCUGCUACUGAAGGUGACAGUGUGGCGUCAGGAGGGGCCAGUUCACACAGGAUGAUCAGAAAGCAGAGGAUGAGCUGGCUAAGAAGAGGGCUGCGUUCCUCCUCAAACAGCAGCGUAAGGCCGAAGAGGCACGAAUACGUAAGCAGCAGGUGGAGGCGGGGUCAGAGCUCAAACGAGAUGAAGCCAGGUAUCAAUCACGGUCGAUCCAGUGUGCCUCUACGAAAAGCUGAGGAAGAGCGUGUGCGUAAAGAGGAAGAAAAGGCUCGGAGGGAGUUGAUCAAACAGGAGUACCUGAGCAGGAAGCAGCAAGAACUUCUGGAGGAACAGGGUGUGACCAAACCACGCCCACGUAACAGGAGGCCCCGCCCUAAAUCACUGCAUCGCGCUGAAUCUUCCUGUUCUGCUCAACAUCACUCUUCCUCUCUCCAGCGGUUAGUCUUUGUUCUGCUCCCUCCGGAUCGUCUCUCUCAUUGGCCUCUGCUGCUACUGAAGGUGACAGUGUGGCGUCAGGAGGGGCCAGUUCACACAGGUGAGUGGGAACAGACCAUCAGUCACUGCUGUCUUGCGGGAAAAGUCAAUGAAGCCCAGAAGAACGCCAUUCUGGAGGAAAUCGAGCGGUGUGAAUCCAACCACCUGAUAAUCCUUUUCCGUGAUGGUGGAUGUCAGUUCAGGGCGCUGUACGUAUAUUCCCCCGAAACAGAGGAGAUCGUCAAGCUCAAAGGAACGGGACCACGUGCCAUCAGCCGCAAAAUGAUCGACAGACUCUACAAAUACAGCUCCGACCGCAAGCAGUUCACCGUCAUCCCCGCCAAGUCUGUGUCGGUCAGCGUAGACGCUCUCACCAUCCACGGUCACCUGUGGCAGGCCAAGCGGCCGAGCACGUCAAAGAGAAAAUGAUCCCGCUUCCCAUUGGCUCAUCGGAUCCAACCGCUGCUUUCUGAUUGGCUACUGGGUUAAAUUCCAGUCUCUUAAACUGCUGUUUUGCUAAUGAGCAGGCCUCUUAAUAUUCUACUGGUCCACAAGACUCCCGCUUUCCUAUUGGCUCACUAGCUGCCGUGCUCCUAUUGGCCACUAUCUGCCUAUUACACAAGCAGAGCUGAGGAAGUCAGAAGUGGGUGGAGCUUGAUGUUUGAUUGACAGAGUUAAUGAAUGUGUUUUAGGAUUACGUCAUCGUUCAGUGUUGGGGGUUUUUUUAGGCAGGAAUCUGCAUGUGACACUUUUCUGUUUGAUUUUACCAUAGUAUUAAUUUACACGGGGAACAAAAGACGACACUUCCACUACUUGAACUAUGAAUUAUGGUUGCUAUUGUUACACGGGCACGUGCAAAUGUUUGUACGAGCGCGUCCGUUUUUUGUAUUUCUCAUACCUCUCCAUAUGCUGCUGUUCAUACAUGAUACUCACUUUAGCAGUGCAAUGCAAUGAACAAAUGACAAGGGAUCUAUCUGUGUGUGUGUGUGCGUGCGUGUGUGCGUGCGUAGAUGUUGACCUCUUCAUGGUUUUAAAAUAUUUUAUCAUGAAAUGAUUCUGUAUUAUCCAUCUUUCCUUUUCUUCAUGUAUUCACGCUGGCUGCUGACAGUAUUAAUGUACUUUUCUAAUUCUUCACUAAAGAAUCAUAGAAACGCAUUGCCACUGAUUGUGUGUGUGUGUGUGUGUUCAGUAAAGAAUGUAUGCACUCCAGGGACUCCUGUGAGCAGGGCUUUCUGUUGUAUAUGUUUGGAUUGUACAUAACUUUGCUUUAACUUUUCUUUAUUAGCCUAUUAUUAUUAUUAUUAUUUACCAUAUAUUUAUUUGAAAGAAGAACACUGAAAUUUAAU